GGAGAUAGAAGAUAACAACAUUCUGAAGUUAUUGCACCAGCAAAAAGGUGUUGCGGACUGUAUACACAAUGGUAUAUUAUAAGAAAAGAAAUACAUUAAUUAUAGAUUCUCACUUUUAUUCGCACCGGUUUGGCGCCCCCCACUUCCAGACGCCAGCGUGUUCAUUCAAUUAAUGCAUGCCAACAUGAAACCGUCACGCCGGCUCAACACGCCACAGGGCUUACGGCGUCACAGCAUCGUUGAAUCGCAACAUGCAACCAUGCGUUAUCUCUGCAAAAUAUGUACUAUGUGAAGUAGACACCUACAAUGGGUUUCCAUUUCAUAUGCUGUGUUAGAUAAUAUAAAACAAUAAAUAAUAAUUUUGGCAUUUCUUUAACUGACUCUUGGAUUUUUUAAUCAACUCAAAACCCUGACUCAAAAUUUAAAAAUUAUUUGACAAAUCAAACUGUCAGAAAGCAUAAUUUGUCAAGCAUUAAUUAAAUUCAACGAAAUUUUGUAAAAUGUCGCAGAAUAAAAGCAACAGCCAGGAACCCAGCGCUCCAUCAAAGUCGCAAUCUUCUACCACUUUAAGCCCAAAUGAAUCACUUGACACUUACCCGGAAGAGAAGCUCGACAGGCUCGUGAGUAAGUGCUGGACGGACGCUUUAAUGAAAGGUGGCGCCGGCUUUGGCAUCGGAUUUCUGGUGACACUUUUGUUUAUUCGACGCAUGUGGCCACCACUUUUGGGCGGCAGCUUCGGUUUGGGCGUGUCAUACAAGCACUGUGAGCAUUAUCUUCAACAGCAGACAAAGUGCGAGCCGAUUGAUAAAGUAAAUGCAAAUAAACUGUAGCGUUGGUAUUUGUGUUCUUAUUGUUCAGAAUGUUAAUAAAAUAGAUACGAAUAAAUA